AGGGCGUUUAUGUUUCUCCUCCAUUCAUUUGCAGAGAGGAGACGCUCGCGUCUACAUAAAGAGCAGUAGGCGGUGCGUCAGCGAAGCAAGGGCUAACGUUACCCGAGUUUAAUGAACAGUGUGACAACGGGCUCUGUUUUCACCGUGCAAAUAACAGUUUUUUAGCACAGUACUCUGGGUGGGUAACUCUGUGAGGAUAUGUCCAAGUUAUUCCGGGCUGUUAUCAUGGGUCCCCCAGGCUCGGGGAAAGGGACCAUCUCGGAGAGGAUCGCGCACAGUUUCGGCCUUAAACAUUUGUCCAGUGGAGACUUUGUUCGAGAAAACAUCUCUGCGAAAACUGAAGCUGGUGUUCUAGCCAAGACGUAUAUAAAAAAAGGAUUGCUGGUGCCAGAUCAUGUCAUGACACGUCUUCUUUUGCCUAGAUUGGUGGAGAUGACCAAAUACAGCUGGUUGUUGGAUGGUUUCCCCCGAACACUUGCUCAGGCUGAAGCCCUAAACAGUGCAUGUGAUCUGGAUAUAGCCAUCAACCUCAACAUCCCUCUGGAAACACUGAAGGAAAGGCUGCGACAUCGCUGGAUACAUCCAGCCAGUGGGAGAGUGUACAAUAUGUGCUUCAAUCCUCCCCGUGUCCAGGGGAUAGAUGACAUCACAGGAGAGCCAUUGAUUCAACAGGAAGAUGACAGACCAGAAGCCCUGGUGGCCAGACUGAGACACUACAAAGAUGUUGCCAAACCUGUCAUCGAUUUCUAUAAGGCUAAAGGCAUCCUGUACACAUAUUCAGACACAGAGACUGAUCAUAUCUGGCCGAAUAUCUGCACACUUCUCAGCACAAGGAUCCCCACCAUCCAAUCAAAUGCACGGUGUGCUUCAACUCCCUGAGGAAAUCCUCUCAUAAUCUUAUAUCCAAGAGAACAACGUGGCCUCAUCUCAGAGGAAUUUCUGAUUGACCACGUCGAUUUCCAAAGAUUCCAUGCUAAUCAUUUUUAUGAUGGCAGCGUGUUCGUUCGUGGUAUAGUAUUAUUCUUCAUAGUGCUAUCUUUGAUUAUUUCACUUGCUGAAAAGAUUUCCUACAUUUCUAGAACUUGCUGUCUGCUUUUAUAGUGUUAUUGGUUCCUAUAUUUCAAUUCAGAGUGCACAGAUUUCAUAUAGAUGAGAUUAAAUCACAUAUGAAUAAUAAGUGAAGGGUAGACGCAUGUGACUUUGUCUGAUUGGAUGAGACUGAACUGUUCAAGCAUUUCUGUGAGAUUCUAACCAGUUUCAAUUAUUUCUGAGAUGGCUUUACUUUAUAUCCUCUCUGUCUGUGGUGUUUAGCUUUCUCACAUAUUUCAUUGUAGUGUUGUCAUGCUAUACAUCAUAAAGAAUGCUUUAAUUAUGUUUGUUUUACAAGCUUUAUAAUCCAAAAAUGGCACAAAUACCUUGGUAAAGUACAAUUUCUUAAUCUGCUGAAAUUGCUAUUGAGGACACCAGGCCUUAUUCUUUGAAAAACAGUGAUAUAAUGUUUAACUGUUAAAAAUCAAACCAAUGUAUUGGUAACACUAUAGCAAAUGGCUGUAUAUAAGUAAUGUAAUGAAAUAAUCCUAUUUCAUUUCAAAUGUUCAUUAAACACUGCCUCCUUUUUGGUAAAUAAAUACUGUUCGGCAUUGCAUUUUUAAGACCCAUAUAUCUGAGAGAACUUUCGAUAAGAAAGAAUCUAGUGAUGUUUUAUGAUUUUAUAUAUAUAUUGUAACUAUUUGUAAAUUAAUAACUGUGACUGUGUUCAGCCAUUACAACAGUGAAAGUGAUUAAAGCGCAGAUUUACCAGAAACCAAAGAUGCAAUUAUACAAUUAGUUUCAAAUUAGUCCCCAAAACAAAAGAUAAGCUGAAGGAUCUCAGAGUGUUAGGCACACAUGACCUUGUGAUACUAUUUGUUUCCGUUUCAGUUUACUUUUAUUCUUAAUUGCUUCCCAUUCUCUCUCUUUCAUUUUUUUGUUUCAGUCCUAUACACCAGCCAAUAAGGGUUGGAGAAAACACUUAAAAUAAUUCCACACCAUCUUGAUGUGCAAUACCAUUUACAAGAAUUAACAUGUUUGAGCUUUCCUUUUUCCCCCCCAAAAAAAUAAAUGUAUUUUCACAGAAA